AUGACUCUACAGCUUUGCAUCCGUAGUACGCGAGAACGACAGCCCGACCCGAAGGGAAAUACGCGAAGUAUACUCAGAUUGAGCGAGGUUCCGGAUUCACCUGCCUCUGUUGGAGCCAUCUGUGAGGCUGUUGAGCUUGAUGGACGUCCCUGUAAGACUACGCUGCCGCCGAGCGCAUGCGACCCUUGGUGCAGCGCGCACCAUAAAGAAUGGGUGGAACUCAACAUGCGAUGGAGCAAGGUUCACACAGAAGCAGAGCAACUGGCAGUUACAGGUGUGAGCAUCGCGAAGCAAAAGGUUUCCAAGCUCCGUUUAUCUGUGGAUCUUCGGCGUCAGAUUCGCGAUAGGUUCUACCCACACGGUGGCGACCUUCAAGAUUACCUCAAGUGGCUAGGCAAGCUGGAGAACGAUGUCAGACAACUCGCAGAUAUGCUUCUGAUGCAGAACCUCAACCGCGGUCCAACUCCAGAAACUCCAGGGGUUCACACUGGGACCCCCCAUCCGGACAAAAUCGAUUCGGGGGAAAAGAUAAUGAUUCUACAAUCUCCACUGGACCCAAGGAUUCCCAUUACUUCGUUGCGAGGCAUCAUGCCAGAUGAUGGGACCAUCCUCACUCUCAAACACUUUUAUCUAGAACUCUGUGCUGACAUCAUUCGCCGUCUAUACUACAUCGCUCCCGCCUUGAACGACUCACCUGUGCGAUAUGGCUCUCCCAAUAGGAACAAUCAGUGUACUCCCGAUCAUGGCACUGAUAUCAUCCGCGCUUGGUUUCGCAUCAUGGUGCUUAAUGACAGCGAAGCUACGACUCUUCAACAUGCGACCAGGUCGAGAGGCAUCAACGAUUUCUUGAUGGGCUGUCAAGCAAGCCAGCUGGAAAUGUACUGCGACUUCUUUGAGAAGGCAUGGCGCCCUCAUGCUGUUCAGUACUUACGUGUGGCGAUCUGCGCCCAGACACUUACUGAUAGUGACAUCAAGACCAUCCAACUCCUCGGAGGCACGAUACCGAGUACGAUUGAAGGACUCCAGAUGACGAAGGCAUGUUGGGACAUACUCUAUCGCUGGUUUCCCACACUGUUGACUCCCUGGACUAUUGCAGGCAUCUGCUCCAAUUUCGAAGAUUAUACCACCAUAUGCAAGUUACUUAUGCUAAGGCUAUACAAUGAUGAUUGGUACGACCCAAAGAGUGUUCUAGGCGAUUGUGCGACAGGCGUAUACAUGGGCUUUAUUCCGAUAAGCAAAGGAGAUUUCUCAGCGAAUGCAGGCUUAAAACAAGAAGGGGAAUUCUGGGUGGAACGACAAUCACGUAACUAUUUAUGCGGCCAGAUGGCCAUUGGCCAGCCGUUCACGCAAGUGUUUCUUGACGAGCUCCAAAGACGAACCGCAACUUUAUACCUAGUCGUUUACGAAGGAACGCAUGCGGACGCCACGGUACAUCCGACCGAACCCGAUCUUUUCAUCAGCCGUCAUCGUUCUUCCUUGUCGCUUGACGAGCUAGACAAGGAAGAUUUCACCACGACUCUCACUUUAGAAGAUGUCAAGAACCAGCUACGAAUGAGGAAGACGUCCAUGUAUGAUCCGAUUGUGGUCGAUUCAUGGCAGUUCAUCAUCAUCGACCGCGAACCAGGCCUCCCAUUCCAGCUCAUAGAUAUCGUGCAGGAUACACUACUAAUGCUCGCUGGAGACCCAUCCCCACGUCAAAUUUCAAAGCGCGUCAUUCGCGAAAUCAUACCGCCAUCCGUACAAGAGAGCUUCCUUGAAGAUAUCCAAAUCGAGAGCUCCUUUGAUCUCCGCUACCCACCUCCUAUGGAAGUACAAUAUGAAGGCAAUAGGUACCGAUGUUACGAUCCGGAUCCUGUGGUCCUCGCCACGUAUCAAAACAAGAUGGUUUCACAACGGAGAUCACGGGAUGACAACCGCUUCAUUCGACGAGUCAUCGAGGACAUGGAGCGAUGCGGCAUCAUCAGUAUAGCACCAGAACACGAAGAUUCACAAAUUCGCCCCAUCAUCGUCCAGGGAUCAGAUGGCGCUCCUGAUCUGUACUUUUCUUACGAGCCGAGCGACCCAACAGUAGAGGACGAGCGCACUCCAAUCCUGCCAUUACCAAAAGCAACAUGUCUACUAGAUUUCGCAAAGUCAUAUAAGCAGAAAUACCCGAACGCGAUCAUGGCGAAAGGGACAAUACAAACACAUUACUGCGCAUGGCCAAUGCCAGCAAUCAAAAGCCUGGGGAGAGGCGGGCUGAGUUUCCAAACAUGGGAAGGGCAUGUGUACCGAUGGAAUGCUAUGCCGUUUGACCGGCUCGACUCGGCCAACGCAUGGCAAUACUACAUCCAGCACUACGUCAAUUCGAAAUUUCCCUUCGUCAUGAUCUACCUCAACACAUUCGUCAUUUGCGCGACAAACAAAGAAGACGCCGACGACAAUUCGGAAAUCAUUCUCGACGAGAUGGAAGAUCGCGGGUGGAGAGCUUUCCUUCCUCUUACGCAUAGUUGGACCACGGAUAUAGAUGAGCUCAAACUUGAGACAUUGUUUAGCGGAGUUAGACCAGCUUAA